UCGAGUCCGAGCUCCGAGACUCCGACAGUUCCGAUCCCGACACUAUACUUAUACAUUAUUAUGUUAUUCAGUGUAAACGAAUCGUUACUGUAGUGUAUACGUUUGUUUUCACAACGUAAUACUACGAUUUUAUCGAUAUCUGUCAAAUAUUUCGAUUACUGUGCUUAUGCGAUAAUUUUGUUAUUAAUUAAUAUUUGUGUUUAACAUUACGAUGCCGGUUUAACAAAGUAUUACCUUUAUGUCUUCUGUGUGUUAUGUGGAUAUAAUGCCUGGAAUUUGUGGUGGUGUUGUGUUUUGUGUGUGACUGGCUGCAGUGCCGUUUUGUGAGGAUUAGGCGUUCCUUUUGGAGUAUAAAUACGAACAACUUCCGGCUGCCAUGUUCAACUUUAUGAAGAAAACGACUGGCCUAGCGGUUGGAGACGCUGGCAGUUGUGACGAGCGUGAUGGAGAGAAAGAGCGGAGGAAAAAAGAAAAAAAGGAGCGAAAAGAAAGAGAGAAAAGAGAACGGAUAGCAGCCGGGCUUGAGGAGCCGCUAAGACUGGAAGAGGUGCGACGCUCGCUGAAAUUGCGGGGCAGACGUAAAGAAAAGGAGAAACUACCCUCCGGCAUCACAGCUGAUUACACCGCAUCUUUGUUCGCUCAUCUAGAACAAGAUUCCAAUUAUUCAAAUUACCCGCUCAUAUCUACCUCUGGCUCUAAUUCUAACCUCAGCGACGAAAACAACCACCUGUCACCGGGAUAUCCGGCUACACAUAACUGGAAUAAAAAAGACACAAUACUACAGUCGGAUAGUUCUGAGACUUCUUUAAAUUCUUUGAACAAUCCAAAUAACGUGAACACCAGUCCUCGACAACCACCGAGUCUACCUCCGAUACCGCCUCGACCACCUAAAAGAGGCAUUCUAAAAGGACCCCGUUUGAGCAAUACUAGUUCUAAUUCACAAGAAAGUAAUGUCCAGAGUGCUGAUACAGUGGAUUAUGUAAAUGGCCAGGAUCCAUCAAAUUUAUUGGCACGGAAUACACAGCAAAAUGAACUCAUUUCAUAUGGCAUCCCACCAUCGAAAAGUACUUCAUCUAGCGAUGAUAUGCAACAAUUACAGAAUUUUACCAAAAAGGUUAUUCAUAGCCCUGUUGAAAAUCAAUAUAAAAACUACAAAAAUAAUUCUAGCAAUCCUUCCAUUGUCACACAGGACAUUGAUGAAGUGCCUAAAACAAAUGGAAACAGUUACCAUGGAGUUACAUCUACGUCCCCCAGCGCUGAUUCUUUAACUGAUACUACUACGAACUCUUCGUUUGCUACACCUCCAUUUUCUACCUCACCCGUCGGUGAAUCGCAGGGAUUCCAUAGAUGGUCUAGAACAAGUAAUUUUGAAGAUGUUUAUUUGCCUUUACCGUCUCUGACUUCAUUAAAAUUACCAAAACCAAGAAUUCUUACAAUCUUGCGUCAGAAAGCUCCAAGAAAUGAUUUUGGAUUUAGUCUUAGACGAGCAAUGAUUCAAGAGAGAAUAUUUAUUGGAGAAACAAAAGAACAUAACGGUCACGAAGAGAAUGGUUUACCUAAUGGUGAUAACAAUUGCAAUGGAAACAUUACUAAUGGAUUUAUUAGUAAAUUGAUUUACAAAGCUGUGAUACUGGCCGAACCAGGCUCUUAUCCUGGAGCUAGUGAAACCGGACUGCUUCCCGGAGACAAACUAAUGGAAGUAAAUGGAGUCAGUGUUGAAGGAAAGAGUAGAGAGGAGGUCAUCGACCUUAUCAAGAGCAGUCAGGAUUCAGUAACCAUCAAGGUGCAACCAAUAGCAGAGUUAUGCGAGUUAUCGCGCAGGCGUGCUGCUGAUGGUGGUGGUGACGUCGACCUCUCCGACAGCAAUGUUCGAGGUGGAACGCUCAGCCGCUCCGGCAGCCGGCGGUUCACGUCCACACAGGCAAAAUCUGAAGAACAAUUAGCAUGCGAGAAAGAAUGGCUACAAGCUGGGCACAUGUGGUUGGCUCAUCGAGGUGGCUUCACGGCUGUCGCCAGAGAGGGAGAUGCAGACGCCGGCAGAGCCAAAGUUCGAGUGUUGCAAACUGGGGAAUUGAUCACCGUCGAUGAAGACGACUUGGAGAAGGCAAACCCACCGCAACUGGAGAUGUGUGAAGAUAUAGCCUCUCUUCGCUGCCUAAACGAGUGCGGCUCCCUCAACGUGCUUCGGUCGCGGUACGCUGCUGGUCUGCCGCACGCUCGCGCUGGCCACGCGCUCCUGGUAUUGGGCCCACCGAAACGCACCGCUCCUAUUUAUACUGAAAAGGUUGCUGCGAUGUUUCGUGGAUGUCGGGCAGAUGAUAUGCCACCUCACGCGUUUGCAGCAGCGCAAUCAGCUCACCGCUCUAUGCUAGCCUCAAGGCGAGACAGGGCCAUUGUGUUUCUUGGACGAUCGGGCUCCGGCAAGACCUCAGCGAUGCGUCAUUGCGUUUGGUACCUAGCGAGUACAUACCCGGCGCAGGGGUCCAAACUAACACCUGAACGAUUCGACGCAGCAUUCGAUGUACUCCAUACGUUUGGAUCUUGUCGCACAAGUUCAAACAGCCACGCCUCUCGCUUUGUGUCGCUGACGUCUCUUGAUUUCGACGGCGGCGGCGCUCUCGUGUCCGCCUCAAUACAGACGUUACUGCCUGAUCUAAGACCAGGACAUGUUCCACUUAAGGCACUUCAUACAUUAUUCCACGGCUGUGAUGGUCGCCUCCGCCGAGAGUUGCUUCUGGAUCAAGCACCAAUCAACGCUCCGAACCCAUUUAUCAGCUUCAGCGAUAAAACAGAUGCUCCCACUGAGUUCUCGGCGCUGAAAGAAGCUAUCCAGCUGCUAAAUAUCACCGAGCAGGAGGAGAUGGCUGUGUGGAAAAUAUUAGCUGCCGUCUGUCAUUUGGGAUGGGCUGGUGCUGUGAAAGCGAGCACAGUACCGGGCGCCGGCGCGGGCGCUCGUUACCAGUUCGCAAGCACGGGCUGCGGACAACGUGCGGCGCGCCUGCUCGCCGUCGGCUCUGACGAGCUCGCACGAGCCAUCUUCACCGGCGCCGUGCCAUCCUCGCCACAAAAUAAUUCCAACUUGAGAACACCAUCACCUUCGAACGACAGAGAGGUGUCGGGCACAGAGGCUCUGGAUGCGUUUGUCACCGGCCUCUACAACGAGACAUUCAACAUUAUUGCCUCGCUUGUCAAUAGGAGUGUGUCGUCAUCUGGUCGCACGUCGUGGUCCCUGUUACUGCUGGAUGCGCCCGGCGCCGACAAUCCUAUGUGCGCCGGACAACAGAGCGGUGCUCCGCUCUCCAAACUGCUUUCCAAUUAUCUACAGGAACGACUUCAAGCUGUCUUUCAUGAAGCCACUCUCGUAGCGCCGCGAGAACGCUAUGCGCAGGAGGGGAUCACCCUUGACGACGGCACAGAUGAAGAUUGGUUAUCGGAGACCGUGAAUCCUGGACCGAUGGUGGAAUUGCUUGAUAAGUCUCCACAGAACACAAUAGUGCGCAGCUCACAAACGGAUUUGCGCGACUGUGAUCGUCGUGGUCUGCUAUGGCUGUUGGACGAGGAAUCAAUGUACCCGGGAUCAUCGGACGAUACGUUCCUAGAGCGAGUGAUGACGCAUUACGGAGCCCCUCACCAUACACACUACCUCAUCAAGAAGGCGCCGCACGCGAGACAGUUCGUGUUGCAACAUUUACAGGGUACCAAUCCGGUAUUGUAUGAUGUAACAGGCUGGGUCAAAGCUAGUCGGGAGAGUCCUGUUAUAAAGAAAGCUCUGACUUUACUACAAGAAAGUCAAAAUGAGGAGAUAAUCCGCCUGUCGUGUAUGGCGCGGGGAGCCGCCGGCGGGGGAGCGACGGCGGCCGGCUGGGCGGCGGCCGGCGACGCCAACACACUGCGUCGAGCUUCCUCCAUACGCCGCACGCUCACCACGGGCACGGCUGGCAUGAAGCGUCGAUCAACAGCGUUGCAAGCCAAGUUUGUGGCGGAUGGUGUAGUGGACACGCUGCGACGUUGCGGUGCCGGCGGCGUACAGUUCGUGUGUUGUCUUCUCACCAAUCAGGCUUCUGAUUCCGCUGAUGACGUCAACGUACCCUUGUUAAGGUCACAGUUCCGCGGCUUCCAACUUCUCGAAGCUGCUAGACUGUACAAGCAAGGAUUCCCGGAGCACAUGCCGCUCUCAGAAUUUGCUAGAAGGUAUCGUCUACUGGCCACAUCAGAAAACGAAACCGCUGAGAACAACCAACAGACAUCUCUGUCGGAUCGUCAGAUCGUCGACGAUAUGCUUCUAGCGCUAGACCUUGAUGUAACCAGUUACCGGCUUGGGCUCACUCAGAUUAUGUUCCGCGGCGGCGUCGUGGGCGGGCUGGACGCACGUCGCGACGCCGCUCUCGCCCGCGUGCUCGUGCGUCUGCAAGCGCGCGCACGCGGGCUGUUGGCCAGGCGGCGCGCUCAACGUCUCCGCACGCAGCACACGGCGGCGAGGUGUGUUCAGCGGAAUGUACGCGCGUUCCUCGCGGUGCGCGAUUGGCCGUGGUGGAGACUUCUUGUACGUGUCACGCCGCUACUCGCCGUACACAGGACAGAACAUCGCCUUAAACAAGCACAGGAGGAAUUGGAGUCACUUCGAAGCAAGCUAGAAAAGGUAGAAGGCGAACGAACACACUUCAAAAACGAAACCGAAAAACUAGAAACUAAGCUGUCUGAAGUCGGCGGAGAGCUGACUGAGGAAAGAGCGGCUGCAGCGCUCGCUACAGAACGUGCGGACGCUGAAGCUGCUGAGAGGCUGCGAGUCGAACGUGACAACAGAGAUUUGCUUGUAAACAACCAGCGCUUGCAGCAGGCUUCAGAACGACUAGAGCUCGAGCUUCUGCACUGGCGGUCGGCAGAAAGCGGAGGUGCAGAACCAUCAGACUCUGAAGGCUCGGAGGCCGAAGCCGGAUCCAAUGCCGAUAAAUACAAACGACGGUAUGAGAGCGCCCACAGAGAGCUGCAACUCCUCAGGGCGCAACUACGAAGACAGCAUGAAGAUGACCUGGAACAACUCGUCACAGUCAAGAAACAGCUCGAGAAGAAGGUGCAAGAUGCAUACGAAGAGGUGGAAGAACAGCGUGCUGUGGCCGCUCAGUGGAAACGCAAGCUGCAGAAGAUGACUAACGACAUGGCAGACCUACGGUCCUUACUUGAUGAACAGACCUGUCGAAACAACCUCCUCGAGAAGCGACAGCGUAAGUUCGACGCGGAGCUACACGGCGCCCAGGAGGAACUGAAACGCGAGCGUGCCGCCAAGGAGAGGAUGUCACGUGAACGCGACCAGGCGCAUGCCGAUAAAUACGCGCUCGAGCAAAGCCUCUCUGAAGCUCGGCUGGAACUUGAGCUGAAGGAGGAGCGUCUGUCGGCGGCGGCACGCGAGCUAGAGGAGCGCGGAGGAGGCGUGGCGGGAGACGAAGCCGCGGCACUGAGGAGAGCGCGCGCGGACCUCGAGCGCCGCGUGCGCGACCAGGAGGAGGAGCUCGACGACCUCGCCGGCCAGAUACAGCUGCUGGAGAGUUCCAAGUUACGUCUCGAAAUGUUAUUGGAACAACAACGUAAAGAGGCGCGGCUGGAGGCGGCCGCGCGCGAUGACGAGAUGGAGGAGACCAGAGCCAACGCCGCCAAGAAACUUAAAAUGCUGGAGAGCCAGCUGGAGAGCGAGCACGCAGAGCGCUCGCUGCUUCUGCGCGAGCGGCACGAGCUGGAGCGGCGGCUGGCUGCACUAGAGGAGGCCGCCAGGGCAGACGCGCACGACCACGCGCAGCUCGCGCAGCGACUCAAGCGUGACUUGAAGAGAUACCGUGCAUUAUUACGCGAUGCACAGACGAUGCUCGAGCAAAAAGAAAAAGAAGGUGGCGGAAAGGCGCAGAUUAGACAACUGAAGAAUCAAGUGGAAGAUCUAGAGUUAGCAGUGCGCGCGGCGACUAAGGCCAAGCAGACGGCAGAGGCGGAGGCGACAGAAGCGAGCGCAGCGCUAGAGGAAGCAACACGAGCGCGUGCCGAUGCAGCUGAUCGCGCGCUUACAGCCGCCCGCGACGCCGCGGCAGCGCGGGCGCAGCUCGACGACGCAGAGGAGGAGGCAGCCGAGCUGUUGAAGAAGUACCGUUCGAGCACGGCCGCACUGUGCGCGUCGCAGGCGGAGGCGCGCGAGGCGGCGGCGCGCGCGGACGCGGCCGGCGACGACGCCCGCCAGGCGCGCGAGCGGCUCGCGGAGCUGGCGGCGCGGCUCGCGCGCGCGGAGGCCGGCCACGACCACGGCCACCACGAGGCCGAGCGCCGCCUCGAGUGCAGGAACAAGGAGCUGGAGUCGAGCCUGGAGCUGGAGGCGACGGCGCGCGCCCGGGUGGAGGGCCAGCUGGCGCGGCUGCGGGAGGCGCACGAGCAGCUGGCGGCCGAGCUGGCGGCCGCGCGUGCUCGCGACCAGGCCGCCGCAGACGAACUGCGCAAGCUUGCCAGGCAGUUCCGUGAACUUAAAGAAGAAAACUCAAAUCUAAACGUGAAGCUGAGCGAAGCGGCCAGAGCGAAGUCCGCAGCAGAAGCGGCGGCGGCGGCGGCGGCGGCGGAGGCCACCGCGGCCAGGGACGAGGCGCGGCUCGCCGCACGCCGCGCCACCGCGCUGCAGGAAGCCAUCGCCGGAGACCUCUCCAGCCCCGGGGACUCCAGGGACACCGACAGUGAUAACGACAGUUACAGUUCCGAUGAGUCAAUCGGAACAUUCUUAGCAAACCACAAACUGAGCCCUUCAGCGCCAUCACGAAACAGCAUUCAACUUGAUUUACAGAAGUCCCAUACGCCAGAGGGACGUCAGAGCCGUACGAGUACUAGCUCUGGCUCCGGAACAAAGCAGUUAAGCCCUACCAAGGAAUCGUUCGCAUAACAGCCGGCCUCCGCCGCGGGGCUGCUCACGAGCGCACUGCCUGUACUCUGCGCCGUGUUCUGCUCUCGGCAGCGCCACGACUCCGCUCACGUAGUGAUCGAAUGAGCGCAGAAAAAAAUAACAAAUGUCAAUCUGACGUGACAUCUGUCAGUUUAUGGCGCGAUAUUUGAAAAUCGAAUUUGCUAGCCGCGAUUAUUAGACCACGAUUGAAAUGCUUGAUAUGAUAGACUAGAUGGAAAUCAAAUAGUUGAUCAUAACCGAACAGGAAAUACUUAUAUAGAAUUAGAACAAUUUACAAUGGAAAUAAUGGCUCCUAAAUUUAGACUGCUCAAUAAUAUUAAUGUUUACCUACAUUAUAAUAAACAUAAUGAACUUUAAUUAUAUUCAAAUAUUUGAUACUUAAGCUUUUACAAUCUCAAAAUGUAUGUGUUGUAUCGAGUGUUAGUUAAGAACAGUUUUUUCAUCAGUAGCCGAUUAUGUAGUCGUACAAACAUUAUUAUAAUGUAUGAAGAUAGAAUGCAUUCCACAGUAAACAUGAUUAUUAUUCGGCUCUCGUAUUUUAUACAAAGAAGGAACUAGACGCGGUUUUUAUACACAAUUAAUUUGGAGAGUAUAUUCGCUAGAAAGGGCGUGUCCUAGGAAUUUUUCGUCGCGUACACUAGCACCUUUCAUUAUAGGCUUUGACAUUUAAUUUAUUUAGCGUAGAAUUUAUAUGAAUUUUUGGACGAGGUAGUUUUGUUGUACUGCGUACAGCGAGCCAGUCAGUAUUGAGACGGCUGAGGCGGACAUGACUUACAAAAUAAUAUUAGGUUCUUUGUUAUUUAGUUAGCUAACUUUUGUAAAUAACUAGAUGGCAUAUACUGUUUAUUAUUUAAUUUGUAAUAUUUGUGUGAUCAGACUGUUAUACUAUGAUUUAUUUGUUACAAGUGAGUUGUUGCUUUAUAGUAGACAUUCAUACAUAUCUGUUAGGUAAUAUUUUUUUAUUAAUAAAUACCUCCGACUGUUUGUUUAUAACUUUGUAAUUGUAACUUUACUGAGUAUUGGAACUGUAAUCUUUAUGAAAUAUAUUCCUUGUAAUUGUAACUCCAUUACUUAUCAUUCGAUUCUAUUUAUAUAUAUGUGUCUGUAACCACGAGUAUAAAAAAUUACUAUAAUAUGUGUAAUGUAUGAUAAUGUGAUGAAAUGUUACUGCAUACUGGUUGUAAAAUGAAAUUAUUUAAUAAAGUAACAGAAAU